UAAUUUAGUCACUCAGAAGCAACAAGUUUCGCGCCAUUUUUCUCAUUUGCCCCAAAUCCUCUGCAAGUGAAGAAAAGAACCCUAGGGACAGUGUGAGAGAGAGCGCGAGAACAACAUGGAAGAGGACAUUAAAUCAGAAUUCAACAAAAGCGGAUUCACGCUAGACGACGAAGAAGAAAUUCUCAAGAAAUGUCUUACUUUCUGCAUAAAUUACAAUCUCAAGCCAUCAGAUCUUGUUUCAAGCUGGGAGGUUUAUUAUCUUAAUAGGCAAUUAGAUGAAUCAACAGUACAAAAUGCAGAAAUGGAUGGAUUUUUAAUGCAUCUACAGAAUGAACAGCAAGAAGCAGUUAUCAAAGAGGAACCUAAUCUGCACAUCUAUUCGAGCAAAGAUGUGGACAUGAUUUUGAAUGGAGAGGAAGAAGAUUUAAAAGAAGUUCCUAGUACUCCAACAGAUAAAUCUCUACAACUCCAUUCAGAACCGUUUGACUCAGCAAUGAAAUCAAAUGGAAAUGGCUAUUCCUCUGUGAAACAACCAAAACAUGUUACACCAUUUGGGCGACGAACAGAUAAGUUUGUAGUGAAAUUCGACAUCAAUAAUCUGCCUGAUACAGGGAAUAGUGACAAUGACCAUGUUCAUGAGAAUCUUGAGGAUGAUUUUAUUAAGAGACCGCAACCUCACAAGAAGUGUUCCUUGGUAGUCCAGAGAUCUGGGCCGGAGCCAGGUUUCAGGUUCAUGUAUGACAGGAUCGAAGACAGGUUUAAUGCACUUGACAACCGCAUCAGGAAGCAUGCCUCUGCACUUGUUGCUUCGGGACUCUAUGAGGAACCAACAGACCCUACAGUUGCCUCACAGAGAAAUGUGUUCGCUGUUGGAAUGGUCUGUUGUGAUGGAGAAGGCCAUUUGAAUGACAAGUCCAUCCUGUUACAGACCAGUGUUGAGCAUUCUGGGGGGCAGCGCGUUCGUUUAGACCUACAUAAUCUAAGCCAGUUCUCCAUCUUCCCUGGACAGAUUGUUGGUGUUGAUGGCCACAAUCCCAGUGGACAUUGUUUAAUAGCAUCAAAAGUAGUAGAUUCUAUUCCAUUAUCUGCUACUUCUGGUGAGGAUUUGCAUCCUGCUAAGAAGCAAGCUCUGGAUCAGGACACUCAAUCAACUGAUUUAUCCUAUCCACCAAAAGAGAUAUCAAUGCUUAUUGCCUCAGGUCCUUUUACCACAACAGACAACUUAUUGUUCGAGCCUCUGACCGAACUGCUGGCAUAUGCAAGAAGAAAGCUUACACAGCUACUUAUACUGUUAGGACCAUUUGUUGAUUCGGAACAUCCAGAGAUUAAGAAAGGAACUGUAGACAGGAGCUUCGAUGAUAUAUUUCUUCUGGAGAUUCUCAGAAGGUUGCAAGACUAUGUGGAAUACAUGGGUCCUGAUGCACGUGUGCUCAUUGUUCCAUCUACACGGGAUGCUAACCAUGAUUUUGUUUUCCCACAGUCUCCUUUUGAAAUUCAUCCACCCACUCUUAAACAUCAGAUAAUUAGUGUCACAAAUCCAAGCAUCUUUGAAGCAAAUCAGGUCAGAGUAGGUUGCUGCACAGUGGAUAUCCUAAAACAACUCAGCGGAGAGGAAAUGUCACGAAAUCCAUCAGAUGGAAUACCCAGUGAUCGAAUGAGUAGGCUUGCAUACCAUAUCCUUAGCCAGCGCAGCUUUUAUCCACUAUAUCCACCAGCAGAAGAUGUCCCACUGGAUUUUUCACUUGCUACAGAAGCUCUUCAUAUUACCUCAAUUCCUGAUAUCCUCCUCUUGCCUUCAGAUAUGAAAUACUUUGUAAAGGUACUGUCCCUUGGUGGAAGAGGUGAAGGAGAAGAGCAAAUAAAGUGCGUUUGUAUAAAUCCAGGAAGGUUGGCCAAAGGAGAAGGAGGGGGCACCUUCGUAGAGCUUCACUAUCAUGGAAGCACUGACAAGAUGAAUGCUUCAGUUAUAGGCAUAUGAAUCCUGGAUUGACACUAUUCAAGGCAUAUUGUUUGGCAGCUGGCUCACAGCAGACCUAUACUUCAACUCCUCAGAUAAAUCAGUGAGUUCAGAAAACUCCAUCCUCUGCAGUAGAUUGCAUUAGUGUGGCAAUUAAUUAACUCUCCUGUUUCUUCAUUUUGUUUAUUGCCAUUUGCCAUGGCACAUUAGUAAUUAGUAAUACUAAUUAGCCAUAAGUGGAAUAAUUGUAUAAAUUUCAUUCUUUUAUAUCAACUUUUAUAUUUAAAG